AUGCGCCCAGCCCUGGUUCUUGGUUGUCUCUCGACAGUGUUGGCCACAAAUGAUUUAGUCCGCCUCGAAUACACGUCUUACAAAGGCACAGCUCUUCCGAAUGGCAUCACUCAGUGGCUUGGGAUGCGAUAUGCCGCACCGCCGACGGGCAGUUUGAGAUUCGCUGCACCCCAAGAUCCUCCCGUCACCGACGAUAUCCGCGUAGCUGACAAGCACGGUGCCCUCUGCUUUGGAACGGGUAGCAAUGCUCACGACCCAACAUUAUCCGAAGACUGUCUCUUCCUGGAUGUCUACGCUCCAAGCCGCGCGACCAACACCUCCAGUCUGCCGGUCUAUUUCUUCAUUCAAGGUGGUGGCUUCAACUUCAACUCCAAUUCGAAUCACAACGGCAGCGGCUUGAUCACCACGUCUGGCCAUGGGCUUAUCGUCGUGACCUUUAACUACCGCGUUGGGCCAUAUGGGACCAAAGCUCUUGAAUGGGUGCAGAAGUACAUAUCCCAGUUCGGCGGAGACCCCAAGCAUGUUGUUCUCGGAGGAGAUUCCGCAGGUGCCGCAUCCAUCGCCUACCAUCUAACGGCAUACGGCGGUCGAGAUGACGGAUUAUUUGUCGCUGCAGCCGCCGAAUCGGUCAGUUUCGCACCCAUCCUGACCGUCGAGGAAAGUCAGUACCAGUACGACAACCUAGCGAAAAGCCUAGGCUGCGCGCCUCGCACCGCCAGCAGUCAAGAUGCAACCGUCAAGGAUGACACGCUGUCGUGUCUCCGCUCCAAGACAACAGCACAGUUUCAGGCCCAAACCCACAAUGUGCCGCCGUAUCCAGGUGCCCAAAACCCGCCUCUGUACAUGUGGAACCCGGUCCUGGACAACGCCCUGAUUCAAAACUACACCUACGCCGCCUUUGACAACGGCAACUUUCUGAGAGUCCCCGUCCUGUUCGGCGACGACACCAACGGCGGGACGAUCUUCACUCCUCGGGGGACAUCCAGCCAGGCCCAGUCCAACACGUUCCUGCACAACCAAUUCCCGCAACUGACGAUCGACCAGCUCCAGCGUCUCGACCAACUAUACCCAAACAACGGGCCUCAAUUCCCCAACUCGGGCUCCUGGUGGCGACAAGUCUCCAACGUCUACGGGGACAUGCGGUACAUGUGUCCGAACCUGUUCAUCUCGUCGGCCUACGCGCGGUACGGCGUGCCGCAAAACUGGAACUACUGGUACAACGUGGCCGACGCGGCCCAAAUCCGCCAGGGCUUGGGGGUGCCGCACACGGUCGAGCUCGCGGCCAUCUGGGGGCCCGACAACAUCCCCAACGGCGCCAGCCCGGCGAGCUACCGCAACGGCGGUCCGAAUGCGUGGAUCGUGCCACUCAUGCAGGGGUAUUGGAUCAGCUUCAUUCGCGUCCUGGACCCGAAUCCGUUCAGGAUCCAGGGCGCACCCAUGUGGCGGGAGUUUACGCUGGCAGACGAGGAGGGCAGCGCUGGUGCUGGUGCUGGUGCUGGUGACGGCGACAAUGACGGUGUUAGUGGUGGCGGUGGUGGUGACUGGAUGAGAAUGCUCUUCGACACGGCCGACACGACGGGCAUGGCCGCGGUCAGCACCGCCGUCAGGAAGAGGUGUCAAUACCUCAAUUCGAUCGGCUUGGCGCUCAAGCAGUAG